AUGGAGGAGCGGAGCUGUGCCGAGACGCCCACACUGCGGCCCAUGGCCCUGCGCGAUGUGCAGGCGGCGUGGUCCAUUCAGGUGAUCGCUUACUCCGACCCCAGCCUCCACGAGACGGCGGACCACUACGAGCGAAGGCUGGCUGCCUACCCGCAGGGCUGUUGGGUGGCGGAGCUUAAAGAAGACGACAGCGCGGAGCCCGUGUUGGUGGGCUAUCUCGUCUCGUACCCGUCGCGGCUGGACGACCCUCCGGCUCUGUCGAGCCACGAGUGGGCCGUACCGCACCCGGCUGACGCCUACUUCAUCCACGAAGUGACUGUCGACCCGCGCCGCCAGGGACUCGGCCUUGGCCGUCUGCUGAGCGCGAAGGCCACGGAGUGCGCUCGCACGAGCGGCCUUGGCCCGGCCGCCCAAUACGUGGCGCUGGUGUCGGUGCAGGGCUCGUCGCCCUUCUGGCAUCGGCACGGCGGCUACCUGCCCUACGACUUUGACGUCAAUCGGCUCCACACCUCUCUGCCCUCUGCCAGCAGCAGCCAAGCCGAUGGGCCGUGUCUCUUCGACGAAACGACCGCGCAUAAGCUCAAGACCAAGCUGAUCCAGUCCUACGGCCCUGGUGCGCUCAUGAUGUUGACCGCCAUGCCUCAACACCAAUAA